AUGGCGGAACAAUCGCCACUCAAAUCUCUCUCCUUUCUCUUCCACUUCUUCUUCUCCAUCACUCUACUCUCCUCCGCCGCACAAUCUCGCCUAACCACCGAUUUCUACGCCAAAUCAUGCCCUAGAUUCCACGACAUCGUCCGCGACACAAUCUCCAGCAAACAAAUCACAAACCCAACCACCGCGCCCGCCGUCAUCCGCCUCUUCUUCCACGACUGUUUCUCCAACGGCUGCGACGCCUCCGUCCUCGUCUCCUCCACCGCCUUCAACGUCGCCGAACGCGACUCCUCAAUCAACCUCUCCCUCCCCGGCGACGGAUUCGACGUCAUCGUCAGAGCCAAAACAGCCCUCGAGCUCGCUUGCCCAAACACCGUCUCUUGCUCCGACAUCAUCUCCGUCGCCACUCGCGACCUCCUCAUCACCGUCGGCGGUCCUUACUACGACGUCUUCCUCGGCCGCCGCGACUCGCGAAUCUCCAAAGCCUCUCUCCUCUCCGAUCUCCUCCCUCUCCCUUCUAUGCCGAUCUCGAAGCUCAUCACCCAAUUCGAAAACAGAGGAUUCUCCGUUCAGGAGAUGGUCGCUCUCAGUGGCGCACACUCAAUCGGGUUCUCACACUGCAAAGAGUUCGUGGGUCGGGUCGCCCGUAACAAUACCGGGUAUAACCCGAGAUUCGCCGUCGCGUUGAAGAAGGCUUGUUCUAAUUACCCGAGAGACCCGACGAUCUCCGUCUUCAACGAUAUCAUGACUCCGAACAAAUUCGACAACAUGUAUUACCAGAACAUGGGCAAGGGUCUCGGGUUACUGGAGUCGGAUCACGGGUUGUUUUCAGACCCGAGAACCCGGCCUUUUGUUGAUCUUUACGCUAGAGAUCAAGACCGGUUCUUUAAAGAUUUUGCUAGAGCUAUGCAGAAGCUGAGCCUCUACGGAGUACAGACCGGACGACGGGGAGAGAUCCGGCGAAGGUGCGAUGCGAUUAACUGA